GAGGGACUGCGGCGGGCAUUCUAAGACUGGGGGGAACUGACUUGGUAUCACUGACAUCCCCAGUGACACCAAUACAGUGUACAGUGCUAAAAAAAAACACUGACACUGUACUAAUGGCACUGGGCAGGAAGGGGUUAACAUGAGGGGCGAUCAAAGGGUUAACUGUGUGCUGUUUCACUAUGUGUGCUGUGUGUGUUUUUACUACGUAAGCAUGCUGCUUUGUAUUGUUCUGUCAUGCAGGGCAAUACACAGCAGCAUGCUGGUGCUG